AUGGAAAGGGAGGAAUAUUUGGGAAAUCGAAAGCCAGCGUGGUUAGAAGCUCUCUACGUGCAGAAGUUCUUCACACCGUGUUCCAUUCACGAGAACGCAAAGAAAAACGAGAAGAAUAUUUGUUGUUUGGAUUGUUGCAUUAGUAUCUGUCCACACUGUUAUCAUUGUCAUCGAUUUCAUAGGCUACUUCAAGUUCGUCGUUAUGUAUAUCAUGAUGUCGUAAGGCUGGAAGACCUAGAAAGGCUUAUCGACUGCUCAAAUGUCCAGGCAUAUACAAUUAAUAGUGCAAAAGUUGUAUUUAUCAAGAAGAGACCUCAAAACAGGCAAUUUAAGGGGGCUGGAAACUAUUGCACUUCUUGUGAUAGAAGCCUCCAAGAACCUUUCAUCCAUUGCUCUCUAGGGUGUAAGGUGGAUUUUGCGCUCAAGCAUUAUAGAGAUCUUACACCAUUCCUAAGGGUAUGCAACUCCUUACAACUUGGUCCAGAUUUCUUCAUUCCGAACGACAAUGGAGAGGAUGACAUGACAAAUGAAACCCCUCAUUCCACCAUCGUGGAUUAUGACGACCCGAUGAGCUCGUGUUCUGGCUCAUCGGGUUCAGAAAACAUGAGCAUGAUGUGCACUGAAUUUGUUAGCAGAAAGAAGAGAAGUGGAAUAUACACUUGUGGAAGAUCAUCCAAUAAGGUUCAUUCUGAUGAGGAUAUGACCUCAAGUAUGAGUAGAAGAAAAGGUGUUCCUCAAAGAUCACCUAUGUGUUGAAACUUUUUAAUAAAUUAGCUUUACAGUAUUAUUAUUUUAGAUUUAUUUUUCUUUGUUGGGAAUACUAUUUUUCUACUAGUGCAACUGCUGCUCUUUAUAAUUAAGAUAA